GUAGCGUUGACUUCUGUACUCGAAUAUUUCCUUCUAGUAGUCGACCAUGGGGAAACGCAAGAAGUCAUCACGAAAACCGGCAGCUGCAGCAAGAACCAAGGUUCCGCUGGAUACUGCUUUUACAUGUCUGUUUUGUCACCACGACAAGUCCGUGACAGUCAGAGUAGACAGAAAAGAAGGCAUCGCUCAGUUGGUUUGUAGAGUGUGUGAUCAGCGGUAUCAGAGCAAAGUCAACCACUUGACAGAACCUAUCGACAUCUAUUCUGAGUGGAUAGAUGCUGCUGACGCUGCACAAAAGGACGAGCACUCCCAUCGCCGUCCCACUGCUUCUUCAAGCAGACCUGUUCCAGCCCCUCCAUCCAUCGGAAGCGAUGACGACUAACCUUUAGUUUGCAUCCUUGACGGAUAUCGAGGCUUUUAUGGCGUACCACCACUCUCGCCAUCACCGUAAAACCUUCGAUAGCCAGGUGCUUUCACGGAGAGCACAUUUGGUGCUACCUUCAAUCCAUAUGGAGUGUAGGCUACCUGGUUAUCUCUAGAUCCCACCAAGCUAUCUAGUUGGUCUUGAAAACAAUAGAGAUGAUAUCAUUAUUAUUCUUACAGCUUUUGUAGACUAUUGUCUGUUAGGAUAGCAUUGUAAUUGACCUCCUACAGAGCUGUGGAUACUGCAAUUGUAUGUUAGAAAAUUGCUUGAUAAGA